UUAAGAAGUCCACUGACUUUCCAGUCUGAAGUCACAGCUCAAACCGUCUUGGAAGCUCGUAUUGAAAGAAAAAAUAUUUUUCGUCUUUCAAUGUUGAACUCUCUUAGUUUUUGUCUCUUUAUUUUCCUUCCAAGAUCGAUUUUUUUUGUUUCUUUCAUUUAAUAUCUACAACUAACAUUAUUAUGGGAGAUCGCGUGUAUACGCCCUUGAAAACAGUGAUACAAAAAAGUCUAAAGUCAGCAUAGCAACAACACUUCGGAACGUUUAACUACUAUUUUUAAGGAAUACGGUGUGUUGGUUGCUGCAUGGGUGCCUUUCAUGAGAUGGUUACUUUUGGUGCAAGGAGGUGCAAGAAUAAGGUAGUAUAUCUUUGAUAACAAGCAUUUAUAAAUACCCAAUUAGUACAUUUUGGGUAAUAACACUAUAAGAUGAUAACACGGAGAUGGUUCCAUCCAUAUCUAAAUGGUGUGGAUGCAGAAAAGUUACUUUUGGACCGUGGGAGAGAUGGUUAUUUUUUAGCUAGGCCAAGCAUGAGCAACAAAGGUGAUUUUACACUAUCUGUAAGAAGAGGAAGUGAGGUAACACACAUCAAAAUUCAAAAUAAUGGAGAAUUUCUUGAUCUUUAUGGAGGUGAAAAGUUUGCUACUCUCUCAGAACUAGUCCAAUAUUAUAUGGACAAUCAAGGCCAGCUGCGUGAAAUAAGUGGUAGUAUAAUUAGGUUAAAAACACCUUUAAAUUGUGCUGAUCCUACAACUGAAAGGUGGUACCAUGGUCAGCUUACAGCUAAAGAGGCAGAAAGAAUGAUGCUGGAAAAUGGUAGAAGUGGUUCGUUUCUUGUAAGAGAAUCACAAAGGCAACCUGGUGAUUUUGUUUUAUCAGUGCGCACAAGAGAUCGUGUAACGCACGUCAUAAUAAGACGUAAAGACAAUAAGUAUGAUGUUGGUGGAGGUCAACAGUUUGAUGACCUCGUUAGCCUAAUUGAACACUACCGCAAUUACCCCAUGGUUGAAACAACAGGGGAUGUUCUCAGACUAAUACAACCCUUUAAUGCUACUCGUAUUCAGGUACAACACUUUCAUACACGUGUCAAACAAUUACAAAAAGAAAAUGAGGGUCCAAUAGAAAGCAUGGCAUAUAAACAAGGUUUUUGGGAAGAGUUUGAGACAUUACAGAUGAUGGAAAACUUGCAGUUAUUUGAUAGGAUGGAAGGUUCAAAACCUGAGAAUAUAAGAAAAAAUAGAUACAAAAAUAUUAUACCCUUUGACCAUACAAGAGUGGUAUUAAAUGAUAUUCCUCCAGAUGCCCCACCUGGUUCUGACUAUAUUAAUGCUAACUACAUUAGGUCUGAUUUUAUUGACACUCCAGAGCAUGAUACUAAUGGAACAUAUGAAAAUUCCUCUCAACAUGGCUUUUCUAAACGAGAUCUAAAAGAUAAGUCAUCUCCAGUACACACCCCAGUUAUUAUAACAGAAGAAACUCCUUCAGAAACUGGAAAGACAAAUGGAACUUACAAACCAAAAACUGAGCCUUCAAUCCCUCAGCCUACAAAUUAUAUUGAUGCAGUUGGCCAAAAAAGAGUACAGAAAAAUGUUGUUAAUGGGGACCCAGAAAAUGUGUACAACAAACUAUACAUUGCUACACAAGGAUGCCUUUCCACCACAAUUUAUCAAUUCUGGUCAAUGAUAUGGCAGGAAGAUGUGCGCAUUAUUAUUAUGACUACAAAAGAGAUUGAGCGUGGCAAAGUAAAAUGUGAACGUUACUGGCCUGAAUUAAAUAAAACAGAAGUUAUAAAGAAAUACACUAUUUAUAAUGAAUCUGAAUCAUCAACUCAAGAUUAUACACUAAGACGCUUUAUUGUAACAAAAAAGGAUGAGUCGGAUGUAAAAAGGACUAUAUACCACUUUCACUUUACUGCAUGGCCAGAUCAUGGUGUCCCUUCAGAGCCCGGCCGAGUACUGAACAUUUUAUUAGAUGUGAAUUUCAGGCUGCAGCAGAUUAUGACAGGCCCAGAGCCACCUGAGCAAGCUGUAGUGUGUGUCCACUGCUCAGCUGGAAUUGGUCGCACUGGCACUUUCAUCGUCAUUGACAUGAUAUUGGAUCAAAUAAGGAAAGAAGGGUUUGACUGCGAAAUCGACGUACAUCGCACUGUACAAAUGGUAAGAGACCAGCGCUCUGGUAUGGUCCAGAAUGAAGCUCAGUACAAAUUCAUUUACAUGGCCUUGUUAGAAUUUAUUGAAACUGAAAAGCAACGGGUGGGUUUAAUAGCAGCGGAACCUGCGCCUGAUUCGCCCCGUGUAUGAUUCUGACCUGUAGAGGUAAGGAUAUGCUAUAAAAUGUUUAAUAAAUUAAAAAAUAUUAGAUUAUAGAUCAUUCAAGGCGCUUAUCAAUACACAUGUUUUGAAUCUUUUCUAUGUUCUAAGAAUGUAUUGUUUAGGUUUUCUUAAUUAGAUUAUUAUUAUGCAGCAAGGUUGAUAUAUCAUUUAUUUAUUGUUGUCGUAUAAACACUUAAAGGUACUUUUAUCAAGUAUGAUACAAACAAUAUUUAAGUUUUGUUAUAUAAGAGAAAAGGUGUAAAAAUCUUAUCACGGUUUAAAACAAAAAGAGCACUAAGUAGUCUGCUAUAGCUUUGUUUAAUUUAGUGAAUAUUUUAUAUUUCUUUAAAAAUAUAUUAUUAAGUGUUAAAUGCAUAUUCAAAUAUGGAUUUUAUCAUAAUUUAUACAGUAGUUUAAAUAAUAUUUAGUAAUGUACAGAAAAGUAAAAUAAUGUCUUGUUGGUGAUUAUAUGCAAAUGCAAAAAUAAUAUGUGGUAAAGGAGACCUGACAAUGUUUCAAAUCAUUGCUUUAAAGUACUACACGAAGUCUAGAUGAUGGCUUCAUAGUGAUCUCGAAUUGGUUCUGAAGUGAACAUAAAAUAUAUCCGUUUGAUUUGCUGUUCUAGUGGAUAAUGACGUGAUCCCUGAUUCUUAGAAAUUUCAUUAGUUGAGUAUGUUUGAAAACAAUUUAAAAAUUUGCCUCAUUGAGUACAAGAGAAUGUAUUAGGUUUAAGAUAGAGCUUUUUAGAGGUGCAAAAAUAUUUUUUUAAACAACAUAGUGUCAUGAGUACCUAUAAUAUUGAUGGGGCAAUGAUUGUGUGUCUGGUAAUACUUCAAAAUUAGACAAAAUAUAUUUUUAUUUAUGAUAUAGACAGUACUAAAUUUUUCCCUUUUAUAUUGUUUAUAUGAAAUAUGCAAUGUUAUACUUCUUUUUUAUUGUCUGUAUGUUAUUACGAAAUAACAUAAGGUGCUUUUGAAUGAAGUAACACCCUAAAUCAUGGGUGGCGGUGCGCAAUUUUGUAAGGAUUUUUAUUAUUUAAAAGUAGGAUGUACUUUAUUACACUUUGAAUAAUGAAUGUUAUUUAAGUAAGCAAUAUUGUAGGUAUUUAGUUUUUU